AAGUUCAAAAAACACCAAAAAAUCAAGUUCAAAAUCACACAAACUCAAGUUCAACAAAAACCACAAACUCAAGUUCAAACACGACACAAACUAUAGUUCAAUCAACAACCAAAUCUAAAGUUUAACAAUUGCCACAACCUUAAGUUCAACAACAACACAAACUCAAGUUCAACAAAUGCCACAAACUCAAAUUCAAAACAUGAAACAAACUCAUGUUCAAAAACAAUACAAACUUAAGUUCAACUUAAACACAAACUCAAGUUUAACAAUUGCCACAACCUCAAGUUCAACAAAUUCCACACCCUCAAGUUCAAAUCCGAAACAAACUCAAGUUCAAUAACACAACACAAACUCAAGUUCAAACACAACACAAACUCAAGUUCAAAAACACCAAAAAAUCAAGUUCAAACAUGACACAAACUCAAGUUCAACAAAAACCACAAACUCAAGUUCAAACACGACACAAACUAUAGUUCAAUCAACAACCAAAUCUAAAGUUUAACAAUUGCCACAACCUUAAGUUCAACAACCACACAAACUCAAGUUCAACAAAUGCCACAAACUCAAAUUCAAAACAUGAAACAAACUCAUGUUCAAAAACAAUACAAACUUAAGUUCAACUUAAACACAAACUCAAGUUUAACAAUUGCCGCAACCUCAAGUUCAACAAAUUCCACACCCUCAAGUUCAAAUACACCACAAACUCAAGUUCAAAAACAUGACAAACACAAGUUCAAACACGACACAAACUCAAGUUCAGAAACACCACCAACUCAAGUUCAACAAAUUUCACAAACUAAAGUUCAAUAAACAAACAAAAUCAAGUUCAAAAUCACCACAAACUCAAGUUCAAACAUGACACAAACUCAAGUUCAACAAACACCACAAACUCAAGUUCAAACACAACAAAAACUCAAGUUCAACAAACACACAAACUCAAGUUCAAAAAGACCACAAACUCAAGUUCAACAAACCAACAAAAUCAAGUUCAAAAACACCACAAACUCAAGUGCAAACAUGACACAAACUCAAGCUCAAGAAACACCACAAACUCAAGUUCAAACACAGCAAAAACUUAAGUUCAACAAACACACAAACUCAAGUUCAAAAACACCACAAACUCAAUUGCAAACAUGACACAAUCUCAAGUUCAAACACAACACAAACUUAAGUUCAAAAAACACAAUAACUCAAGUUCAACAAAAACCACAAACUCAAGUUCAACCAACACCUGAUUCUCAAGUUUCACAAUUUCCACAACCUCAAGUAAAAAAACAACAGAAACUCAAAACAAACAACAUGAACUCAAGUUCAAACACGACACAAACUCAAGUUCAACCAACACCCAAAUUUCAAGUUAAAAAAUUACCACAACCUCAAGUUCAACAAACACACAAACUCAAGUUCAAACUCACCACAAACAAGUUUAAACACAACACAGACUUAAGUUCAAAAACAAAAAAUUUAAGUUCAACCAAUACCCAAUUCUCAAGUUUAACAAUUUCCACAACCUCAAGUUAAAAAAACCCACAAUCUCAAGUUCAAAAACACCACAAACUUAAGUUCAAACACGACACAAACUCAAGUUCAACAAACACACAAACUCAAGUUCAUACACUACACAAAACUCAAGUUCAACAUACACACAAACUCAAGUGCAAAAACACCACAAACUCAAGUUCAAAAACGACACGAACUCAAGUUCAACAAACACACUAACUAAUGUUCAACCAAUACCUGAUUCUAAAGUUUAACAAUUUCCACAACCUCAAGUAAAAAAACAACAGAAACUCAAGUUCAAAAAACACACAAACUCAAGUUCACCAAACACGCAACUCAAGUUCAAGAAACACACAAACUCAAGUUAAACAAUUGCCACAACCUAAAGUUCAACAAACACACAAACUUAAGUUCAACAAAACGCCACAAACUCAAGUUCAAACACGAAACAAACUCAAGUUCAAAAACACCACAAACUCAAGUUCAAACACAACACAAACUCAAGUUCAAAAAGACCACAAACUCAAGUUCAAACACGACACAAACUCAAGUUCAACAAACGGCACAAACUCAAGUUCAAACACGAAACAAACUCAAGUUCAACAACACCACAAACUCAAGUUCAAACACGACACAAACUCAAGUUCAACCAACACCCAAAUUUCAAGUUCAAAAAUUACCACAACCUCAAGUUCAACAAACACACAAACUCAAGUUCAAACUCACCACAAACUCAAGUUUAAACACAACACAGACUCAAGUUCAAGAACAACAAAAAUUCAAGUUCAACCAAUACCCAAUUCUCAAGUUUAACAAUUUCCACAACCUCAAGUCAAAAAAAACCACAAACUCAAGUUCAAAAACACCACAAACUCAAGUUCAAACACAACACAAACUCAAGUUCAAAAAGACCACAAACUCAAGUUCAAACAUGACACAAACUCAAGUUCAACAAACGGCACAAACUCAAGUUCAAACACGAAACAAACUCAAGUUCAACAACACCACAAACUCAAGUUCAAACACGACACAAACUCAAGUUCAACCAACACCCAAAUUUCAAGUUCAAAAAUUACCACAACCUCAAGUUCAACAAACACACAAACUCAAGUUCAAACUCACCACAAACUCAAGUUUAAACACAACACAGACUCAAGUUCAAAAACAACAAAAAUUCAAGUUCAACCAAUACCCAAUUCUCAAGUUUAACAAUUUCCACAACCUCAAGUCAAAAAAACCCACAAACUCAAGUUCAAAAACACCACAAACUUAAGUUCAAACACGACACAAAAUCAAGUUCAACAUACACACAAACUCAAGUUCAAAAACGACACAAACUCAAGUUCAACAAACACAGUAACUAAUGUUCAACUAAUACCUGAUUCUGAACUUUAACAAUUUCCACAACCUCAAGUAAAAAACAACAGAAACUCAAGUUCAAAAACACCACAAACUCAAGUUCAAACACAACACAAACUCAAGUUCAACAAACACACAACUCAAGUUCAAACAUGACACAAACUCAAGUUAAAGAAACACACAAACUCAAGUUUAACAAUUGCCACAACCUAAAGAUCAACAAACACACAAACUUAAGUUCAACAAACGCCACAAACUCAAGUUCAAACACGAAACAAACUCAAGUUCAAAAACACCACAAACUCAAGUUCAAACACAACACAAACUCAAGUUUAACAAACACCACAAACUCAAGUUCAAACAUGACACAAACUCAAGUUCAACAAACGGCACAAACUCAAGUUCAAACACGAAACAAACUCAAGUUCAACAACACCACAAACUCAGGUUCAAACACAACACAAACUCAAGUUCAAACACGACACAAACUCAAGUUCAAACAAUACCCAAUUCUCAAGUUUAACAAAUUCCACAACCUUAAGUUCAAAGACACCAAGAACCCAAGUUCAACCAAUACCCAAUUCUCAAGUUUAACAAUUUUUCUCAACCUCAAUUUCAAAAACAACACAGACUCAAGUUAAAAAAAAACACAAACUUAAGUUCAAACAAGACACAAACUCAGGUUCAACAAGAACAACAAACUCAAGUUCAGCCAACACCUGAUUGUAAUGUUUAAAAAUUUUCACAAUCUCAAGUUCAAAAAACACACAAACUCAAGUUCAAACACACCACAAACUCAAGGUCAAACACGACACAAACUCGAGUUAGACAAACACACAAACUAAGGUUCAACCAAUACCCAAUUCUCAAGUUUAACAAAUUCCAAACCCUCAAGUUCAAAAACACCACAAACUCAAGUUGAAAAAAAACCCACAAACUCAAGUUCAACC